CCGGUCCUCCAGGAGCCCCCCCAGCACCGCAUCAACGCCCCCAGCCCUACAGAACGCCAGCAGCCCCGUAGGAAACCCGCAGGUCCUCGACGCUCCGUCCCCGAAGGAGCCUCCCGCUCAUCUUUCAGACACCCAGGGAGGUUUUUUUUUUGGGGGGGGGGACCAUGUCCCGCGGAGCAGCUGAAGGGACCCCUGUGCCUCCCCCGGGUCGACCCACGGUGUACGUGCUGCUGGAGGGGCCGCGGGCCCCUGACAGUCUGCAGGUGGUGAGCGUCAGCUCCGUGCUGCCCGAAUCCGGCAUCGUGGCCGACAUCGAGUGGGACCCAGCCGGAGGUGGAGGAGGUGCAGACAACGGGAAAGCAGCCCCCGGUGAACCCCCACCUGGGGACCCCCCCGGUCCUUUCUACAGCCUGAAGAGCCAACCGCUGUCCCACAGCACGGCUGCGGCCCCCCAGCUCCUCCCUCUUCACGGGUGCUGCUGCGACAGCAGCUGAUGCGGGCACAGGCACAGGAGCAAGAGCGC